AUGGAUCAACAACUUGCAAAUCAAUUAUUUGAAAAAGGCGCGUUUCUAUUGUUUCUAGAAGCCCCACCUCAUUUAGAAUUUGGCGUUGAUUAUCAUGCUUGGACCAUUGGUCCUUUAUUCAAGGGCGUUAAAAUGAUUCCUCCAGGUUUACAUUUCAUCUAUUACUCUGCAUUGAGUAAAGAAGGAGCGGAAGGCAUCAGAACAGGUUUUUUCCAUUUCUUUGAAUCCAAAGAAGUGUUGGUGAGAGAAUGGAAUCCUCACAUUGAAGACUUGCGUGAUGAGACAGAAUUAGACCCUGAUCAAGUAGAACGUUUACGAUCAAAUAUUCGUGAUUUCGAUCGUAAUAUGGGUCCUUAUCCACUGGACCCACCGACAUUUUACGAACGUUGGAAGCAACUAACCAACUAUAUUACACCCGGUCUUGUUCAUCGCAUAUUACCGAAUAAUGGAAAAGUCAGUCACCUGCCUGAAAAAGGCAGCGAUUCUUUGGAGCCAUCCCAAGAUACCAACAACAGCAGCAGUAGCAGUAGCCGUCCUCCUGAGACCCUCGAUCCAGCAACCAUCAAAGAUCAACGGUUAGGCAAACAGAUUGAAAAAGAACAAGGCAUGGAAUUCACUCCCUUUGUCCUUCGACACUCUUUUCCUAAAGGUGCAGUAGGCCAGGAGGUCACACGAUGGAGUCUGGACAAAUCAUGGCUGACACGACAAUUGCUCAACACAGUAUAUCAUGGAGACUAUAAAGUCUUGUUGGGAGAAUUGCAACUGGCUUUUGUCUGUCUGCUGAUGGCACAAAAUUUCUCUGGUUUCAAUCAAUGGAAACAGCUGGUACAAUUGAUGUGUUCAUGUCAGCAAUUAGUAGAAGAAAUGCCAGACCUGUUUUACGACUUUAUGGAUGUGCUUCAAUGUCAACUGAAUGAAUGUCCUGAGGACUUUUACAGAGAUAUUUUAUCAGAGAAUAACUUUACCACGAUUGUUUUGAAGACAUUACAAAGAAAUAUACCGCUUCAUAAUGAACGAUUGGGGAAACGCUUUAUGAAAUUGAAACGUUUCAUUAUCAAAAAGUUUGACUGGGAAAUAAGCGACCAUGAGGACGAUGAAGAAGAAGAGGAAGGAGGCGAGAAUGCACCUGUCAUUGUUGAUUUGGAGGAAUAA